AUGGAAGCGGAUGGAUUAAUAAGGAGGCGUCGGAUGACAGCGGAGACUGCAGGCAACGAUCCCGGGGUUGCUGGUGCAUCUGCCGGCGCAGAAGUUCGAUGGCUGGGGGGCAGGUUCUUUGGAGUUUCGGAAAGUAUCGUGGGAAGCCUGACGCCUAGAAUUGGGGGCGAGACCGAACUACAGACUGUUGACUUCACCCGUAACGCACAGGAUCAUAUUGAUGACUCAGAACCGGACUAUGAAGGUUUGCCACAGGGAGCCUCCACGAGCACCCACAUGUUGGCUGGAGCCGUGACCGGGAUCAUGGAGCACUGUCUCAUGUUUCCCGUCGAUUGUGUCAAGACAAGAAUGCAGAGCCUCCAGCCCGACCCUGCCGCUCGUUACCGGAACGUGAUGGAUGCCCUCCGCCGCAUAGUGGCCACAGAGGGAGCGUGGCGGCCAAUGAGAGGGUUGAAUGUGACUGCCGUCGGGGCGGGGCCUGCUCACGCCCUAUAUUUCGCCAGCUAUGAGAAACUCAAAAAGACUCUGAGUGAUGUGAUCCACCCUGGCGCUAACAGCCAUUUGGCUAAUGGAGCAGCUGGAUGUGUGGCCACUCUGCUUCAUGAUGCAGCCAUGAACCCAUCAGAAGUUGUGAAGCAGCGAAUGCAGAUGUAUAACUCACCCUACCACGGCGCAUUGGACUGUAUACGCGCGGUGUGGCAGAAGGAAGGUCCCCGUGCAUUCUACCGCAGCUAUACCACCCAACUGACUAUGAACAUACCCUUCCAAGCGCUCCACUUCAUGACUUACGAGUACCUGCAGGAGCUUCUCAACCCUCACAGACAGUACAACCCCUCGUCCCACAUGCUGUCCGGCGCCCUGGCCGGGGCCCUGGCCGCCGCCGCCACCACACCACUGGACGUGUGCAAAACCUUACUCAACACCCAAGAGUCAUUCGCUCUGAGCUCGCUCUCGGCCAAACAAGGAGCCCACAGACAUAUCACAGGCCUGGCCCACGCCUUCCGGACGGUUUACAGGCUGGGUGGCCUGUGGGGCUUCUUCAAGGGAGUGCAGGCGAGGCUCAUCUACCAGAUGCCCUCCACGGCCAUCAGCUGGUCAGUGUAUGAGUUCUUCAAGUAUGGACUCACCAAGCACCAGCACGACAAGAGGCGAGCACAGCAGAAGGAAGCGGAGAUGUAG